GGCACUAAACAAGCAGCACACACUUGCCUGGCCGCCUGGUGAUAUAUCAGGAGACGUCAUACGCAGAACGGGCAGCAGAGGGCGCUCCAGUGAUGUGUGUGGGCUCCGAUGGAGGAGCUGCUGACUAUGGCAGCGGCGCAGGGAGAUGUACAGCUGGUGAGAGAAUUCCUGGAGAAUGGGGCCAACCCGAACAGCAGCAACUCUCAUGGCAGGACAGCCCUCCAGCAGGUGAUGAUGAUGGGCAGUCCGCAGCUAGCCCAGCUGCUAAUUGAUCAUGGAGCCGACCCUACUAUCCCUGACCCCACCACUGGCACCUGUCCUGCUCAUGAUGCCAUCCGUGAAGGCUUUGUGGACACCUUGGUCGUACUGAUAAAAGGAGGAGCAAGUAUUGAUGGCCCACCAGACAACUUUGGUCAGCGACCUAUAGACUUAGCUUCCCCAUGGGUUUUGGAAAAAUUAAAAGCCCUUGGACUGGCUGGAAAUUAGCUGCACUUGUCUUUCAUAUGUGUAUUGUAUAUGGAAUAUAAUACAUUAAAUGUCAUCACCUCUA